AUGGACGGCUCUGGCUCCGUGUCCGUGCGGCAGGAGCCGGGUUGCGACAGCGAUCACUGGGGGCCCCACUGCAGCAACCGCUGCCAGUGCCAGAACGGGGCUCUCUGCAACCCCAUCACGGGCGCGUGCGUCUGCGCCGACGGCUACCGCGGCUGGCGCUGCGAGGAGCUCUGCGACCCGGGCAGCUACGGCAAGGGCUGCCAGCUCCAGUGCCAGUGUCACCACGGCGCCACCUGCGACCACAAGACGGGCGAGUGUCGCUGCGCUCCCGGGUACACCGGCGUGUUCUGUGAGGAGCGCUGUCCCGCCGGCAGCCACGGGGCGCAGUGCGAGCUGCGCUGCCCCUGCCAGAACGGGGGCAUCUGCCACCACGUCAGCGGGGAGUGCUCCUGCCCGCCCGGCUGGACGGGGCUGGUGUGUGCCCAGCCAUGUCCUCCUGGAACGUUUGGAAUAAACUGCAGCCAGGACUGUCCAUGCCACAACGGAGGACACUGUGACCCUGUGACAGGAAAAUGCCUCUGUACAGCCGGGUAUAUGGGAGACAGGUGUCAAGAGGAGUGUCCUGUUGGGACGUACGGCUUCCAGUGCACUCAAAGAUGUGAUUGCCAAAAUGGUGCAAAGUGCUACCACGUAAAUGGAGCAUGUAUGUGUGACCCUGGGUUUAAAGGGAUUUAUUGCCAAGAAAGAAUGUGUCCAGAAGGGUUUUAUGGCCUCAAAUGCGACAAGAGAUGUCCCUGCAGUAUUACCAACACCCUCAGUUGCCAUCCCUUGUCUGGAGAAUGUAGCUGCAAAGCUGGCUGGGCUGGCCUCUAUUGCAACGAAACGUGUCCCCCGGGAUCCUACGGCGAAGGCUGCCAGCUGAGCUGCCCCUGCCGGAACGGCGCCGACUGCGACAGCCUCACCGGGAAGUGCUCCUGCGCACCGGGCUACGUGGGAGAUGACUGCUCCAUUACCUGCAUGGCAGGAACCUACGGUACCAAUUGCUCAUCUGUUUGUGAUUGCAAAAACGAUGGUGAAUGUUCCCAUGUGGAUGGCCUAUGCAUUUGCAAGGAAGGAUGGCAAGGAGUUGAUUGCUCUAUUCCGUGUUCAAGCGGAAGCUGGGGCCUUAACUGCAACCAGACGUGUUCCUGCAGCAAUGGAGCAGCCUGCAGGCCAGUCGAUGGCUUUUGCCUCUGCUCCCCAGGGUGGCAAGGAGAGUUCUGCGACCAGCCAUGUCCGGAUGGAACAUAUGGUCUUAAUUGCAGUGAACGCUGUGACUGUAGCCAUGCAGAUGGAUGUGAUCCUGUCACCGGUUACUGCUGCUGUCUUGCUGGAUGGACAGGCAUCCACUGUGACAACGUGUGCGCCCAGGGCCGCUGGGGCCCAAACUGCUCCAUCUCCUGCAGCUGCGAGAAUGGCGGAUCCUGCUCGCCGGAGGACGGGAGCUGUGAGUGUGCGCCCGGGUACAGAGGACCCAUGUGCCAGAGAAUUUGCCCGGCCGGCUUCUACGGGCAGCAGUGCAGCCAGGCGUGCCCGCAGUGCGUGCACAGCGGCGGGCCCUGCCACCACGUGUCGGGACACUGCGACUGCCUGCCCGGCUUCGCCGGCCCGCUCUGCAGCCAAGUCUGUCCCAGUGGCAAGUACGGCAAGAACUGUGCUGAGGACUGUCAGUGCACCGAGAACGGCACGUGCAACCCCAUCGACGGAUCGUGUCAGUGCUUCCCGGGCUGGAUCGGGAAGGACUGCUCACAGACUUGUCCCGCUGGUUUCUGGGGCCCUGAUUGCUUUCAUUCCUGCAACUGCCACAACGGAGCCAUGUGCAGCCCUUUCGAUGGAGAGUGUAGAUGUACUCAUGGUUGGACUGGCCUCUACUGCACUCAGCGUUGCCCAGCAGCAUUUUAUGGAAAAAAUUGUGCCAAUGUCUGUCAGUGUCAGAACGGAGCAGACUGCGACCACAUCACGGGGCAAUGCACGUGCAGGACGGGUUUUACAGGCAAACACUGCGAGCAAAAAUGCUCACCAGGAACAUUUGGUUAUGGCUGCAAACAACUGUGUGAAUGCAUGAAUAACGCAACGUGUGACCACGUCACGGGGACCUGCUACUGCAGCCCUGGCUUCAAAGGAAUCAGGUGUGACCAAGCGGCUCUUAUGAUGGAAGAAUUAAACCCCUAUACUAAAAUUAGCCCUGCUCUUGGAUCAGAGAGGCACUCAGUGGGAGCAAUCAUUGGAAUUAUUAUUCUCCUUCUAAUUAUUAUGGUCUUGCUGGCACUGUUUGUGUGGUAUCGACGGAAACAGAAGGAGAAGGGCCAUGACAUGCCAAGUGUAUCUUAUACUCCAGCCAUGAGGAUGACUAAUACAGAUUACUCACUUUCUGGUGCUUGUGGGAUGGAUAGACGUCAGAACACAUACAUAAUGGAAAAAAGCUUCAAAGAUUACAUGAAGGAGUCUGUGUGCAGCUCCAGCACUUGUUCCCUCAACAGCAGCGAAAACCCCUACGCCACCAUCAAAGACCCCCCCGUUCUCACGUGCAAACACUCGGAGAGCAGCUACGUGGAGAUGAAGUCCCCCGGCCACAGGGAGUCCCCGUACUCAGAAAUGCCAACGUCAGCCACCGCCGCGAAGAACAUCUACGAAGUUGAGCCCACCAUCGCCGUGGUGCAGGACGCUGCCCGUGGCCAGAGCGCUGGUUACCUCCAAAGCCCGUACGACCUGCCCAGGAACAGCCACAUUCCCGGGCACUACGACCUGCUCCCCGUCCGGCACAGCCCCACGCACGGGCCGUCCUGGGACACGCAGUCCUAAAGGGAUGGACUUC